AUGCUCAAAAACUACUCCGCGGGGCCCAUAACCUGGGACAUAAAAUCGCAACUCCAAGGCCGUCCCGCGCAUGAGGCAAUCGCUCUCCUGCUUGCCUGGGCAAACAUCACCUCCGUUGUCUCGGCGGCAGAUUACACUACCAAACUCCACGUCAUACAAGAGCGGGAAUUCCAAAAGGCUCAGCCUCUACCAGGAGUGGAAAAACUCCUCCUGGAUUUGAAAUCUGCGAAAACCGGAAGAACAGGAGAGAAAAUCCACAUAGCGCUCGCAACGUCGAGUCAUAAACACCAUUUCGAUAUCAAAACCGCCCAUCUAGAUGAUUUGUUCAGUGUGUUUGAACCACAUCUAAGGGUUUUAGGUGAUGAUCCUAGGAUUCCCAAGGGGCGGGGGAAACCGAAUCCGGAUAUUUACCUGGUGGCGUUGAAUGCGAUCAAUGAGAGUCUUGGAGAGGGCGAGAAAGAGAUUAAACCUGAGGAAUGUUUAGUCUUUGAGGAUGGAAUUCCGGGGGUGGUAGCGGGAAGGAGGGCAGGUAUGAGGGUUGUAUGGGUGCCACAUGCUGGGUUGGCAGCUCAGUAUAAGGGGAGGGAAGAGGAGGUUCUGGCUGGGAGAGGGGAGGAAGCACAUACUGAUGUUGAGCAGCUCGGAGUGGUAGGUGAUGGACGAGGCGAGCAGCUUGUAACUUUGGAAAGGUUCCCUUAUGGGAAGUAUGGGAUUGUGGUGAAGGAUUAG